CGACGGACGCUCGCCGCCCCGCGCCCGGUGCUGACGGUCCCGCACGCCCGCUGCCGCUGCCGCCGCCGCCGCCGGCACUCCCGAUUCAUCCAUGAGCUCGGAUUUCCCACAUUACAACUUCAGGAUGCCUAAUAUUGGAUUCCAGAAUCUGCCUCUCAACAUAUAUAUUGUGGUUUUUGGCACUGCUAUAUUUGUCUUCAUUCUUAGUUUACUCUUCUGUUGCUACUUGAUUAGGCUAAGACAUCAAGCACACAAAGAAUUUUAUGCCUACAAACAGGUUAUAUUAAAAGAGAAAGUAAAAGAACUGAAUUUACAUGAGCUCUGUGCAGUGUGUCUAGAAGACUUCAAGCCUCGAGAUGAGUUGGGGAUUUGUCCAUGUAAGCAUGCCUUCCACAGAAAGUGCCUUAUUAAGUGGCUGGAGGUUCGGAAAGUGUGUCCACUGUGCAAUAUGCCAGUUCUGCAGCUGGCCCAGUUGCACAGUAAGCAGGACCGUGGACCUCCACAGGGACCCCUACCCGGAGCAGAGAACAUUGUAUAGCUUACCACAAGGAUCAAACUGUUGCGGGGUCCAACAUCCGCAUGGAGCCAGGAGGAACACAAGUGGUCUCUGUGUUGGCUGCUCUACCUGGGGCACUAGCUGCCACUCCCUUUGCCUCAUGAAGAACUCUUGGGCUAGCUAAACUGGGAAUCCAGACUUCCGGGUCUUGUGACAACCAAAGCACGCUGACACUACCCCAUGCCAAGAGAAGAGGAGUGGAUGAGCCUGCGGGCUUGGCUCAGGAAACUUCAUGAGGGUCUCUUGCUAACUCCAUUACACUCUGUCUCCCAGAAACUUAUCUCCAUUUCAAGGUGAAUCUUUAUCAAGCAGAAGGGAAGAUAAACACAAGUGUGAGAGAAGGGAACUGAGGGCAAGUCUUUAAAGCCACCCCCCACCCUGUGGACAGAUGAGCUUCUCUGCAGACCGUGCAUGCCUUUGCAGCAGCAAACCCGUCUGACGGCCCUGAGCCAAGUGAAACCAGCGGUUACCUCAGCCAAAGCACGACCAGUUGCCAGUGAUUGGUGAGGCAGUGCCAACAAGGCUUUUUGCAUUAUGUUCCUUUGAUAAGGCCAUCUUGGAACCCAAGGGCUUUGGUUACAACGAAGCCGCAGUGCCCUUCGUCACUCCUUCUCCCUCAAGUUCACAACACUUGCUUAUCAAAUCUUCUAAACUAAAAACAUUAGGCACGCUUGGAAAGGCCUGGUCAGAAGCCAUUUCCUCUUAUUUUCCCCUCCUACUCACCAGAGGGGCACAGCCAAGUCACCCAUCAGGAGCUCUAGCAGGGCCUCUGAGUCCAUGCCAUCCCUGUGUGACCCAGGGGGUGUCAGGAUGCUUCCCACAUCCCCACAUACAUGGUGUGGUUCCAGUGUAGCUGCUGGUCUUGGCCCACAGCCCUGGUGGCAGCUGCUGUGAGCCUCUCAGACAGCUCCGAAGAGGAGCGUCUUUCUGAGAAUGGCCACUCCUGGCCUGCUGAGAUGAGAGGAGGAUGCUGACCCCCUUCCCUCUCCUCUUAUUCCUUCCCUCUGUUCUCUUCCCUCUCUUGCCCUAUCUCUAUUUCUACUUGAGAGAAAAUGGCCGUCAUUGACUUUUUAACAAUUUAAAGCAUCCCAGAUAAGAUCUGUAUGUAAUUCUGAAGCCAGGGAUCCACUUGAAAUUGUAAAUAGUUUCAGGAAGCUCCUGCAGGGCUGUUCACCCAUUGGUGUGUGCCUCAGUAUUCGGACUUGUGAUAACUAACUGAAGGUGUCUUUAUAGGAGAGAAAUGCAUGCUGCUCUUUGGCUCUUUCUGUCCAAGUCUUCCAGAAAUGACUCAGAGUUCAUUAGGAUUCAUGAAUAUUGUAUAAAUUCGCUGUAUGAAGCAGCAUUGGGUUAGAUGGAAAGUUCUUUUCCAAAACCCUGCUCUCCACCUCCUUUCAUCUUGGGGUGGACUCCUCAUUGACAGCUUUGCCUCUGCUCCAUCCCACACGUAUGAGUGGGGGCAGUUUCUCAUUGGAGAUACCGUCUGCAUGGUAUGGAGAGAGGAUGCAGGAAGCUUUGCUGUUCAUGGCAUGUCUCCAGGAAUUUUUUCUGGAAUCCAGCCUCUACCGUCUUAGAAUGGGAGAGGGAACCUGUCCUUGGCUCAGGUGGCUGGGGUCAGAUGAAGAGGAAAAUUCCCAUUAGCCUAGAAAAGUGCUGGGCAGAAUCCAGUUCGGAAAAUUACAGAUCUAGCUGGUCAGAAUUGGCUGUUUCCCAUGUGUGACCUAUUCGUGGUAUGCCAACUGGACUGCUUCUUAAACAGGGCAAGGGAAGUGUGGAAUAUUUUUAUAUGAAAGCCUUAGCCUGCUUGGCACCAUGGAAAGAACCAUUUGUACUCUCCUUUCACCCUCUGUUUCUGCCUUCUCUGUUUGUAGCACAAUAGUUGAAUGUUGCAGAGCACCCAGUUUACAGUGAAGUGUUUUCAGUGACCAACGUCAGAAGUAGGCUUGCUUCUGGACUAGCCUCAUUAAUGGCCAACAUUCACCAUUUCCCAUGGCAUGGCUUUGGGACAAAUGUCACCUCGUUGUUAUAGGGUUCCAAUAGGAAAGAGAAUUUUUCCCCUCAGAGGAAUUCUUGUACUCUAUACUGCAAAUUAUUUUGGCUCACAGCUCUUGUAGGAUUAUAGCCUUUCAGUUGCAGCUUUUUCUGUCCCUCUGCGCCUGUACCAAGGAGACAGCCUUACCAAGUCCCUGUUUUUGUAGGGAGGCAAAUUAAUUCAUCUCACUGUGUCAUAGCUAAAGGCAAAUUGAGGUGGUUGGUGCAUAGCACUGGACCAGAGGCACAAAGCCCAAAUAGUCCUAGCCGUUACAACAAAGCUCGAGAACGCUGUACACUCUCACUGGGCCAUCAUCGUGGGUCUGCUUUGCCCCAUGAGAUACCACUAACAUGACCUCAACACUUGUGAAUGUGGGGGGCUUUUAAAAUGCAGCUCUUCUGCUAGGGUGGGGCUGAAUGCUGGAGUGGUGAGUGUUUGCUGUCAUCAUGGUCAUCUCCCCUUUCUUGACUUGGUGUCCUACUGCAGCAUGGCCAGUGUCACUUGGCAGUAGUUCCUGUGACUCUUAGCAACAAAGAACCUGAAUGUGUUUGCUUCCGACAUCUGGGUCCUCCUCCAGGACCUCCCUGUGCUGCACUACUAUAACUGCGAAUGGUCAGGGUUUAAUUUACAUCUUCCUUUAAUUUUGAUUAAAAUCACAGUUUGGUGUGAAGGACAAGGUUAAAUAUCCAUCUUUUUUUUUAAAGAGUGAGGUAAGGAUCCCUUAAUACUCUUGGCUCAGACUCACGCCUCAGUGAGACCAGUGAGGCCUCCCCGUCUGCAAUCUAUCUACGUGAGUUGUUGGUGACCUUUGUUAGUCUGUAGACACAUGGGGACUCUGGUCUGCUCUUGGGCCACUGGCUGGUGGUGUGGCAAUUUUUUAAAUUUUGUCUUAAGGUUUCUAAAGCAGCUCAAAGAUUAGGUGUUACUUGUGUGCUGAGUUAGUAGAGUAGAACUUAGCUCCAACUGGACUCCACGGGUGGCUGAAUCAUUAUCUAGUGUUGCCAGGGGUACAGCUGACUUCAGCUCGCUUUAGAAACAGGGAACAAAACCAGCCUGACUUGAUUACUGGUUGAAUAGGCCUAAGACAUUAGUAGUUGUCAUCUGCUGCUUUUUUUUGCCCAUGUGAUUUGGUUAGGCCUGUCCCUGGCAGGUAAGGUCCUUGUAGCCAGUGCUCACCUAGGCAGAGAGCAGGACAAGACAGAAAUGGCCAGGUGGGAGCAGGUGGCCCCUGGGGAAGUCUGGGCUCAGGGAUACAGGGGACCUCCCACUAUUGCCAAAUAGCCUGCUCUUGACAAGUCUUGACAAAUGAAGAUCCUUUUCCCCAGUGCCAAGCCCCUCAGAUCCAUCAGAGGAAAGACCUUGGGCCCUGUCCCCUUCCACAGCCCCACUCCAAAGCCUGUCAUCUCCAUGGUCUGAUUCUGCUCUGCUCAGCUCCUCUGAAUGACUGUAGUAAUUCUUUUUCUGAGAGACUUUCUGGGAAUUACGAAAUACACACUGGGAGGUAUCCCCAGAGCUCUGGACAGAAAAAGCGCUCAGGGUGAUUUGAGUCAUCCCCUUGCCACUCACCAGCCAUGUGCCUUUCUACAAGCUAGCCUGUCAAUGCCUGUUUCCUUAUCUGCCACCCAGGGAUUAUAGUAACUGUGUCCUUGCCAGCUCUUGUGCAGAUUAGCCACCAUGUCCAGAGUCUGGUGAGCGGCAGGCCAGGGGUCAUGGGAACUGCUGAUACUGGGUAACAUCAUCAUGCAGGUCACAGGGGGCUCCUUUGUUGUCCCAGUAGAACAGAACCGCAGCAGGAACCUCCUGAGGCCCAGGGGCUCUCCCCAGGGUCCAGGUUCGCCUGGCUCCCUUACUUUUCCUCUCCUGGUCUUCCCUAGUCACCUCCAUCUACCUUUGCCCACAGUGCUCCCCAAAUUGUUGCUCAGUGCUAAAUAUUCUUAAUUUUUUGAAUAGGUAAUCCCUUCACAUGGUUCACAAAUCAUAAACGGUUCAAGUCUUCCCUUGCAUCCUUGACCUCCAGCAAGCUCAGCUUUUCCCCCCUUGUAUAUCCCCUCUAAGUUCGUUCCUUCUGUAUGCUUCCAGAGAGCACUUAUGCACAUACAAGAAAAUACACACACGUGUGUUGUGUAUAUGUAUGUACGUGUGUGUAUAUAUAAUUUUUCUCUUUUACUCAUGUGAUACCAGACAAGCAUAUUCAAGGAACAUUCCUAUUCAUGUGGGAAGAGCCAUCCAGGAAGUCAGAAUAUCUGUAAAAGGUGUGCCCAGAAUUGGGGGGUGUUUUUGCAAUCACAUUCCUUUUGAAUAAGGCAUAUUUUUUUAUUGAUUGCAGCAUAUUGGAAUUCUAGUUUUCUAUAUAAGUCAGAAACUGCAGUCCCUCCCUGACCCUUACCACAGAUGCCCAGAUAACACAAGAGCACAGAGUGUCCAGACUGUCUUUCUGAUCUGUGACAGGACAUUCAAGAGCAGGCUCUGUAGCCGAGAGCAGCAGUGCAGGCCUCAUCCAGGUCCAGCAGCCUUUGCAGGGGCCUGGAAAAGCUGCUGCACGCCCCCCGCCGCCUCCCCACCAGAAUUUGGUCAGUUCCAAGUGAGGCCCAAGCAUUCAGCAGUGAUGUCUGGCUACAACUCUCUUGGUUUCUUAGGUGAGCUCCCAUGUUUCUGAGGCAGAAGUUUGAGAAGCAGCAGCAACUGAAGGCUGAGGCAUCCUUCUAUUUUGUAUGGCAGAUGUCUCAGAUGUUGCUAAGCAAGUAAGUGGUCUGUCUCCUCAAAAUGUCCAUGUUCAAGUUCAGGGAUCUGCUCCCUUUCCCUCCCCACUCAAUGCACACACUAAAACGAAAAUGCUUCCCACAGAAUUUUCUCCUAGCCCAACAUUUUUUCCAUCCGACGACAGAAAUUACCCCACCAGUAAUCUUUUCCUUGAAAAAAUUUUUUUCUCUUAAAUUCAUUUUUGCCCCUGCAGGAGAUGAAAGUUAAAGCUACUUCCUCCAGGCAGCCCUGGGGAGAGGGGUAUGGACUCAGGCCUCUGGGUCUUCACGCACCUCACUGGUGUCCAGCCACCCAGGGCAGAAGCCUAGGGUUUCCCCUGGAUUGCAAGUGCAGCUUGGGCCCGACCUGAAACUUGAAUUGUUUGUCAAACUCCACCUGUCACUUGAUCUCUUGGCCCUGGGUUAGUGUCUUUCACAUUAGCUGUUAUGAAUUUCUUGAGUAAAGGAAAUGAACGAACGUGUCUAAACUCACAAGGUCUAAAUUCUGGUGAAAUUUGCAGUUGUUAACUGGAAAAUGCUGGGUCAUCGUUCUUUAGUAGAUAAGAUUAACAAAGGAUCCCAUGUGCCAUGGAAUGUGCUUCCAUUUGAGUGGAAAAAUCAGGAGAAAAAUAAGAGGGGCUUGUUCCGUAAAUCUGUCAUUUUUCCAUUUCAGCUUUAGAGCCCAAAGUGUUGCAGGAUGCAAAGAGUUUUAUUCAUUUUUAGACCAAGCAUCAGAACUCUUGGUUCACCAAUCCAGUGCUCCACUUCCUUGGCUAUAGGGUAAGGGAGAAGACCCUCCCUGCUCUAAGGACAUGUACCUAGAACCUGGGCCCCACCAGUGUCAAGGGACGUGUCUGUACUUGAUGAAGCUCCUCUCAGCUGCCUGUGCCAGUGCAAGCCUGGCGGAUCUGCGUCUUGGGGCAGCUGUGCACUGUCCCUCCAUCUGUCUCUUCCCUCCCAGGCCCUGCUAGAGCUGGUGGACAGGUGGGGCCAGUGUUAGGAAGUCCCUCCUGGUGACAGCCUGGUCUUCCAAGAGUGUUCCUGAUAACUGUCGUUUCUGGGUCUCUUGACAGAUCAUUGCCAGGAAGGAGGGAAGUUUAGUCUUGUAGUUUAGCCCAUUGGGGUUUAUUCACUAGAUAUUGUAUAACUCCCUCAAAAAAAGGUUUAUGAAAUGCUGAGCCUCAGGUUUCAUAGACGUGUUUGUACACUAAGAAUUCUGCAGCAGAAUAUUUUUAAACAUUCGCAGUUUUUUGUAAGCUAUAUUUUUGUAUAUUUAAUUGCUAUUUUAAAAUUUUAAUGCAUUUUGCUAAUUACUCUUGUUUAAAAAAUAAACCGUGCAUGUAAUUGACUUAAACAUGUAAAUAAAAAGAUUUUGAAAAUA